UUGUUUGGAACCGGUAGAUGCAGCGAAAUUCAUUUCGAUGAAAUUCGAGGUUACAGAUGACAAACUGGCUCACCAAAAGUUGUUUGAAGAGAUUAAAGCGAGCUUGUUCUCCUUUUCUAAUGUAAUUGUGUUGUUAAAGUUUUAAACUUGACUAUUCAGAUUUGUCCGAAAGAACUUAUUUAUUAAGUAGUGUUUUAACUAUGAAUGGAAUUAAUUGGUUGCACAGAAAAAAAGAUGAAUCAACCACUUUUAGGAGAAAAAUUGUUGUAAAUCUUCUUGCUCGAAGUUCAAAUCUCUUUAUAGGAUUUGUAAAAAAAGCAAAAUAACUUUUAAAAAAGAAGGUCAAUAUCCUUUUAGGCUUUUACAAAGUAUGAAAAGUAGCAAGUAAAGUUUUAUAUGGCUUUAAAAGAUUAGGAUUAUAAAGUUACAUUAACUUUACGUUCGGCCUGAUAUAAUCUCGUAGUCAUUAGUGGGCCUAAACGCUUGGCCCAAUGAAGUAAAAGAGCAAACAGAGCUUGCUUAUCUAGAGGAUUUUGAUUAGCUUCAAAAAGCAAUAAAUAGAAAGUAACGUCCACUCGCCAAUCUCUCUUUAUCUCUCCCACUAAAUAUAUCCUCUCUCUCUCUCUCUCCCAAGUUUCUCGCCAACAAACAAAUUCUCUUAAAGAGCUGUUCAACCUCACGAGAAUCUCGGAAUCUCCGGCGACAAAAUUCAAUCAAAGCGGAGGAGGAGGAGGAUGUGUUGUGGAAGGAUAUGCAUGCUGUGCACGUGUUUGAUUCUGGUGGUGAUCGCGAUCGGGUUCCUAUUCGGGUUCGGAGCUUUCAAGGACGGUUUCCACAAGAUCCAACAGUCCGUUCAUCUCGAAUGCGAUCCGAGAUCCGGAUGCGGCGGAGGAGUUGGACGUCGUGGUUACGGUUUCACAGCUCCUCCCGCUGGUAAUAACUAGCUAGCUGUGUCAUCUGAUAUGAUGAAUUCUUAUUCGAACCAGCAGCUAGCGUUUGCUUUUAGAUUCGAAUUAUUUUAUAUGAUUUUUUAGGUGUUUACUCUCUCGAAUAGCUCCACAUUGAUUAUUCCGUUUCGUUUAACCGUUAGAUUUAGUUUUCACCUUAUGAUUGAUUGUUUGCUUAACUUUUCAAUAUGUUGUCUAUUAAAAUACAUUCCGAUUACGUUACGUCUAUAGAUGUUUUCACGUUAA